AUGGCACAGCAUCGCUCACAAGCUCCCCACGGAGUUCUUCAAUCGCACGUCCGUUCAUUGACUUUGAUCAGGGAGACUUCGGUGAAUCGCUCGUAUCCACCUGCCGAAGCUAUCAUGGCGGUUUCGCGCUCGCACACGUUUGCUCUCAUCGCCGCGCUGCUGCUGCUCGCCGCUUGCCACGCGAACGUAGCACCGACGGUGGCGCAAUUCCGGGCAGAACUCAACGCGCUGAAGGCGGUGUUGGCUAAGACGAAGGAGUACUCGGCGUUCGCAAGAGGCGUUGAUAAUAUGCUCAAAUACCCCGACUCGCAGCUGCCGCAGCUGUUCAACACGACGCUGCUGGUCCCAACGAACAAGGCAGUGUACGGCAUGGGAAUUAAAACCCUACAGAACACAAUAGCCAUGGAGGCCAUCGGCAGGUUCAACGUGCUGCAGCGCCAGUUCACCGCCGCGCAGCUGCUCCACCUCAAGCCCAACACGCUGCUGCGCACCAAGGCGCCACCCACUGACUUGCUGCAGCGCUACCCCUCCGUGGGCGCUAAUGCUGGCAAGGCCGUGCUGGGCCCGCGCAACGUGACUGCUGCCGUGCAGGGGGUGGUGCUAGCUACUGAUACCACCGCCACCGCCGCGCAGCUGCUCAACCUCAAGCCCAACACGCUGCUGCGCACCAAGGCGCCACCCUCCGACCUGCUGCAGCGCUACCCCUCUGUGGGUGCUAACGCUGGCAAGGCUGUGCUGGGCCCGCGGAACGCGAGUGCUGCGGUGCAGGGGGUGGUGCUGUUUCCCGAUCUCUACACGGGCAAGUUCCUCAAGGCACAUGGCCUCUCCGUCUUCUUCCGCCCCAAGGGCUACUGA